AUGUCGACAACGAAAACAGACCUCAAUGUGCAAAUAGAAAUUGCCAAGACGGCUGACGAGGUCUUUCAGGCCUUUGAACCCAUGUGCCAGGCUUUCGGCGUCCAGACCCAGGAUGGCGUCUUCAUGGGCACGCAUCCCGGCUGGGAUACGCCGCUGGGCAAGCAAAAAGGCGCAGAGCGCUUAGCCGCCCGAUUCGCCGAAACAACCACCAAUCGAGACGGGAAGCCAAACACCGUCAUCAUCUUGGCGACGGUGACAGACCCCGCGACGACGGGCCGCCGGGAUAUCGCUGGCUUGGCCAUAUGGGAACAGGCAUCAGUCGUCCCCGGCUACGGUGAUGAGCCGACCGAAGACGAAGCCGCCGAUGCGCAUCUUUAUGAAAUCUAUCCAGAUGACCCGGUUCAGCAGAAUUACUGGACUGCCGUCAUGACCGCGAUGCACAGGCAGCGCUGGGAGGUUGUCAGGUCAAAGGCAACAGCGUCCCCUCCCGCCAUCCUGGCCCUUGAUGUGUGCGCCGUCGACCCCAAGUACCAAGGCUACGGGAUCGGAAGGAAGCUUGUCGAAUGGGGCUUGAAAGAGGCCAAGGCCAGAGGUGAUUUGGAAGCAGUCACGGAAGCAUCUGUCAUGGGCCGACGAGUGUACCUGAAACUGGGCUUCGAGCAAGAUGGCCCUGAGAUUGACUUUAGCGCGGUGGAUGCGUCGGUUGGCAAAUUGCCUCUUCCGUCUCUUGUUUUUCUACGCACCAGGAAACCGUAA